CCACCCACUCUCUCUGUGGCAAUCGCCUUCAAUGAGCAAGUGCCUGCGAGUCCCAUUUGGAAAGGUCCCUGUUGGAACAGGAGCAAAGAGCAGUUGCAUUCUACAUUGCGAUGGCUGCCCAACCCGAAGGAGAGAGCCAAGAGGCCCCAAAGACAGAGAGUGUCAUGACCCGGAUCACCAGCCUCCCCUUGGUCAGCUCAACCUACGACCUCUGCUCCACUGUGUACAAUUACGCCAAGGAGACCUUCCCAUACGUCAACGCUGCUUGUAAUGUGGCCGAGAUGGUGGUGGCGGUGGCCUUCGGGAGCGCCGUGGGGGGUGCCCAGCCCAUCCUCAACCACCUCGAGCCCCAGAUCGCAGUGGCCAACCAGUACGCCUGCAAGGGGCUGGAUAAACUGGAGGAAACAAUCCCCUGUCUCCAUCAGCCGGCGCAUCAGGUCAUCGAGGAAGGGGUCGUCUUGGCCAAAACAGUGGUGGGCUCCACGGUCGCCACGGCCAAGGAGGCCGCCAAUGGGGCCAAGGACCUCGUAGUCCACCGAGUGACUGCCGCCGUGGACCUGACGAGGGACAUAAUCCAGGACGGUGUGGGGCUGACCAAGUCAGUGAUGGAUGCCACAGUCCAGACCGCCUUGACUGCCGCCGGCGAUGCCAAGGCCAUCGUCUCACACCGGGCAGCAGACGUCCUGCAGCUGAGCCGAGAGACGGCCAAGGAGAGCGCUGACUUGGCCAAGGCAGUGGUCUCCUCCACCGUCAGCACCGCUCUGCAGGCUGCCGUUGGCACCAAGGACCUGGUGGUGAGUGGUCAAGUGGCGCAGGCAGGGGCUGCCCAAGAAGGGCUCGAGAUGACCCAGUUCCUGCGGCAGAUGGUGGCCACCGGAGUGGAUGCUGCAUUGGAGAAAACAGAGGAGAUGGUGGACUAUUACCUCCCCUUGACGGAACCAGAGUUGGCUCAGCUGGCCGCCGAAGUCCAAGGCUUUGGGCCGGCAGAGGGGCAACAGGGCUACUUUGUGCGCCUGGGCUCCCUCUCCAGCAAAGUCCGCCACCGUGCCUACAUGCAUUCGCUGACCAAGCUUCGGCACAUGAAGGAAUGCACCCAGGAUCGGCUCUCCCAGCUCCAGCAAGUCAUCAGCCUUGUUGAGCAGCUCAAACAAGGUGUAGGGCAGCGGGUCCAAGAUGCACAGCAGAAACUGAACCGUCUGGUGGCUGAAUGGACCCAGACGCAACGGGGAGACAUUGCCGAGGAAGACCUCCCAUCCGAGGUGGAGCCUCGUGCCUUGGCCCUGCUGCGCUUCGUGACCCGGGACCUGGGUCCAGCCUCCCUGCGCCUGGCAGGGGUCCUGGAGGGCCUCCCCCGCAGCCUCCGCGACAGGGUGGACCAGGCCCUCCGCAAUGCCCACCAGCUCCACGCCUCCUUCUCCAUGGCCUCCUCCAUUCACGACCUCCCCGCCAGCGUCCUGGCCCAAGGCCACAAGACAGUCGUCCAGGCCCGGGAGUGCCUGGAUGCCCUGGUCAAGCACAUCGCCCAGGCCGCGCCGCUGAACUGGGUCGUGGGGCCCUUCCGGCCCUCGUCCCACAUCGACCCCAAUGGAGAGGAAGCAUCCCAUCCUGAUGACCAGAAGAUGGAAGAGAUAAUGGAAGCAGACACUGGAGAACCGCUGAAAGAGACGGAAAAGGCAUCUGGAGGGCUCUUAUCAGCGGCGAAGGACAAGGUGGACGAAAGUGGAGCCCAAGAGACAGCUGAGGUACUGACCAAGAUUUGGUCUGACAUGCCGAAGAAGGCCAAGAAGCAGGACAAGGGAGCCAUGUCGGAGAAGGCUUGCAAAAGUGACCUCAACCAGGUCUCCGAAAAGCCAAGUAAUGAGCAUUAGAUGUCUUCAAUGCCAAUCCCAAGCUGCUUACUGAAGUGACACACUUUGGACUAGAUGACCCUGGGGUCCCAUCUGACUCUAGGACUCUAGGAAAUGCCUGAGAAACAGCACUGGAUGCUGGGGUGUUGUGCAGUUUCUGGGCUGUAUGGCCAUUUUCUCACAGUGUUUUCUCUUGCCGUUACGCCUGCAUCCUCUGAAGAUGCCGGCCACAGAUGCAGGUGAAACAUCAGAGAAAAUAAACCAUUCACACAAAUGAAAUGAAUUAACAAAAAAUAAUCAUGUAA